ACCCACUUUUAUAAGUCAUUUCCCCUUUUAUUUCCACACAUGGCAGACUCACCUUCCCACGUGCGACAAGGUGACCAACUACCAACGGCCCCACCUGCUAACAUGCGCCAUGGAAACCAACAAAGUUCCUCCCUCUUUAGUCACACGAGCCAAACUCCAUUACUUGAACAACCACCACACCGGGCGGCGGCUACCACUUCCGCCGGUGCCGGCAAACACCCAGUAUACCGUGGCAUUCGCUGCCGCAGUGGCAAGUGGGUGUCGGAGAUCCGGGAGCCACGUAAGACUACACGUAUCUGGCUCGGCACAUUUCCGACGGCUGAGAUGGCAGCGGCGGCCUAUGACGUGGCUGCGCUGGCCCUCAAGGGCUCCAGUGCAAUUCUCAAUUUCCCAGAUUCCGUCCAUUUGUACCAACUCCCGGCGUCUGCCUCUCCGUCAGAUAUCCGUGCUGCGGCUGUGGCUGCAGCAGCUGCAAGACUCCCGAUGCCGGAAACUGGCAGGGAGCCAAUUUCCGGGCAGGUGGGAAAUGACGGCACAUCUGCUGCUGGCCCUUUUGAUUCGGGAACAGAAUUCGUGGAUGAGGAGGCGCUGUUUAACAUGCCGAAGCUGCUGGUGAACAUGGCGGAGGGCUUGCUUCUCAGCCCCCCGAGGAUAAAUUCGCCGGAAUCAGACGAUUCGCCGGAAAAUUCAGAUGGAGAAAGCCUAUGGAGCUAUGAUUAAAAAGUGCCCAAAUAGAAAACCAUAUCUAUAUAUCUAUAUAUCUAUAUAUGCGUGUGUUUGAGAGAGAGAGAG